CAAUCGUAUAUACAUACAAAUAGACGUAUAUACAUAUACAUUUACGUACACAUGUAUAUGUAUGUAUACAUUGGAAAACAUACGGCGAGACAAAACAUUUUUGGACAUUCUUUGGCACAUAUACGGAUAUAACUUGGAUUAAUAUACACACGCGCACAUACGCACAUACACACAUACACACACACAUGAACACACACAGAUAUAAACACGCGUGUCAAAUAUAACGGCACUUGUUACACGCAUUCAUAAAUUACAUAUAUAUAUACAGAAACGUGUACAAACUUACACACAUUUCGCUUAUUUGCGGACAUAAACAGCACGCACAAAAUUAGCUCAUUCACGCACACACAUACACACAAGCACACACACACACACACACACACACACAUACACAAACAUAUACACAUUGUGUACUCUAAGAACAUACAUCCUAGCAUACAUGCGCACAUAUACGCUUUUCGUGUAAAUAGACACAAAGCACACAGAAACACAUGCACACGCGCAUUCUCAUCAACACACAAACACGCUGGCUCACACACACGCACACACAUACGCUAGCUUACACACACACAUACGCUGGCUCUCUCACACACACACACAUACCCUGGCUCACACUUAAACACACACAUGCAGGAUGGCUCUCUCACACACACACAAAUAAACAAACACAUGCACAUACACACUGCAUAUAAAUAUUGACAGGAAUCUACGCUCGAAAACACAUCGGUGGAGACAUAUACACGCACAUACAAAUUGAAUACAAACGUACACUGACACACACACGCAAACAGACAGACCGUCUGAAACACAUUGCAUAUAAGCGCACGCAGGCACACACACACACACACACACACACACACACACACACACACACACACACACACACACACACACACACACACACACACACACACACACACACACACAGAUACGUAUACGGAUAUCUAUAUUCAAACACAUUCGUACAGACUGCGUAUUACUUUUGCUUCAAACAUUGUAAACACAUAAAUACAUGCGUAUAUGAAUAUACAAACAUAUAAAAAACAUGCUCAGACAUACACAAACACAUAAACACACACACAUACACACACACACACACACACAUACACACACACACGCACACACAUAUCCACACACAUAGUUUGUGCAUAUUUUUAUAUUUAAACGCAUAGACAUACACACACCCACAUUUUAACAGACGGGUGUAGUUACACACAAACAGCUACAUUCACACACACGCACAUUGUAACAGACCGACGCAGUCACACACACAUAACCACACACACACACACACACUCAUACAGAAAGAGAGGUACAUUCACACACAUACAGAUAUACUCACACGCACACCAACACACACGCAAACACGUUAUUGACUGUCAAGAAGAGAAGAUAUAGACAGGAGAAACCAAUACAGUGUACUCGGAAAGCGUUCAUGUGUGUGCGUCUAAUAUAGUUAUAUACAUGUAUAAGAAAGAAAGGACUUUAGUCCGUUGGAUGUUUCCGGGGGUCUUUUUGUCAACCCUUUAUCGCUGGUGACUUACCUAAUGUAUGAUGGAAAGGGCUAUUUAAAAUACACAUCUGUGCAGCGAUGCUGGUGCUGUUGCUGCUAACUCGACUUCUCCUUUUCACAGACCUUCAACAGUCCCGGGUUCAAGCUACGGGUCUCCUGUCAAGCUCCCUGAUGCGGUUCCGAGAGACAUUAUGUGAUGGGAAAAUGUUGUACAUAUAUUGUCCUGAAGGUACAUUAAUCAGCAUCCAGUUUUCUCAGUAUGGUUACAGUUUAUCAGAGCAUCACAUGUGUGGCACCAUGGACACAUCAUUCAAAGACUAUUCCCAAGGCAAUGGUGAUCGGAACUGCUAUCUCUCGAAUACGCUGGACGUUUUAUUGAAGAUGUGCCAAGAGAAACGAAGAUGUCAAUUAAGGGUGAAGGUAAAAACCUUCACCACUCUAUCAGAUCCUUGCCCUAACAGAACAAAAUUGCUUGAAGUAGCUUACCAAUGCCGACCUACUGAAUUCCAUCGUAAUUUGGCCUGUGAAGAUGAACAGAUAACUCUGACAUGUCGACGUUCCAGUAGAAUUGUUGUUUAUUAUGCAAAGUUCCGGCAUUUUCCAUCAACUAAAACCAACUGUUCCAAACCAGAAUCUUAUUCCUUGCAUACACCGAAGCGUAUUCUCAAGAACGAACUGAUUAGAAAGUUUACAGAAAGCCACAUUAACUCACAGACUUGGCCAUCCCAUCACCCUCUUCAUCAUCAUCACCUUCACCAACAUCCCCACCAGCACCAGGAACCAAUUCACCUGGGAAUAAAAGAGCAGUAUGAUAGCAGCGGAGAAGACAGCAGAGACAGGGGUUCAGGAAGACAAUUCAAUAACAGUGGUCCUUUACACAAAAUGAAAGCAAUUCUUACAAUGAGACCAUUCCAUAAUAAAUGGAGAACAUCGGCGCCAUCUUCAUCAACAGCAUCAUCAACCACAGUAGCUACUACCACUACUACUACAACAACGACUACUGCUUCCACUAGUACCACUACCACCACCACUACAUUUAGAACAAGCAUCAGGAAUAUUGCUGCUGGAGUCCUUGUUAUUCCCACACCAAGCACACCUGAAUCUAAAACUGAAAUCGAUCAACGGAAUUCGUUGGGCCAUGAUGGCUUGUCUCCACAACACACGGACAAUGUUGGUUCUCCAGAGAGAGGAGUAGGACGGAAGGGAUCUGUGGCUGAAUCGUCAAGUGUGGCCCCCUUGGAGACCCAGUCCAACGUUGACCCUAAUGUACAUUGCGUAAACACAACCCACUUUGUGAGUAAAGUGAAGAAGCAGCCUGCAAGCGUCCUCUCCGAUUGGUUGGGUGUCUUCUAUAUAAUACAAAAAAACAAAGAGAAGGCUCUACUUUAUUUCCUUUUGGGCAUUUCCCUUGGAACAAUAUGCAUACUGCUUAUCGUUGUUGUGAAGCUGAUCUUCGUUAAUAAGAGAAAAUUGCAGGCAAAGUUGGACCUGACAGAACCAACCCAUAGCCAAAAUGCAACACCCAACAACCAUGUACCAAAACAUUCGUCUCCCACUGCGUUACGGCGAGCAACUUCCGAUGAAUUUGUAGACUUUAUGGGGUACAGUCCCCGGUCAGGAACACUAAGAACAGAAAGUGGCAACAGAAGUUUAAAUUAUUUCUGAAAUAUACACACACACACACACAUACAUAUAUAUAUAUAUAUAUAUAUAUAUAUAUAUUAAGGGAAACAAAAUAUCUGCAAAAUAUCGGCCAAAUACAAAAAACAAAAAAGAUCCAUUUAUGAAUCCUUUGUCUGUCUUGUGCAUCACAUGCGAUACACUGGACAUAUUUCUCCAGUGUCCAUACAUCACAUAUGAUAAAUAUUCCCAAUUUUUCUUGACCAUAAGAGUACCUUGGGACUUAUGAAAGGAAAGCUUUAUAUAACUCAGAUCAUGAUACAAGGGCUAACUAUAAGUCUGGAAACAAGCAUGGACAUUUAGGAUAAACUUAUGACAAUGCUUUGGAUAGGUAAAUGGUUAAUUCUGUUACAUUUCUCCAAAAUAGUCUCAAAAUAUUUCUCUUAUUCAGAGGAAUGAUUGCCAGGUGACACCAAAAACACCACCAACAACAACAACAACAACAACAAAGAUAAAUGGAUUUUUCAUGAUUGGUGCCUCAUUAACGAAGUAGAUGAGAAAUCUUGAAAAAAAAAGGGAGAUGGGAACUUAUUUAUUUAUUAAAAUGUCACUAAUGCACUUAAGAAAGGUAUGAAUGCCUGACAAUCUCAUUUCCUUAACAUUAUAAAACCUGAAAACAUUGUAACUAUGUAAUGAAACAAUAUCUAAAAAUUCAUAAAUUUAUCUCUGAUAAUAAAUAAAGUAAAUGAAAUAUAGACAUGUAUAUCAAGACAUGAGUUUUGGAUAUUUGAUAUUAUCCAAAUAUCAUGACUGAGAGCCAAACAGCAAACAUUAUAUAUAGACAUACAUAUACAUACAUAAUAUAAGUAUGUAUAUAUACAUAUAUAUAUACACACACACACACACAUACACAUGUGCUAUAUCUGAGAUUCAAAUAUCUCAAAAUUCAAAUUCAAAUAUUUUAUGUUUGAGAUUAUAUUAUGUCACACAAGGUAUCAAUAUCUACACAUCGAAGAUUCCAAAUAUCUAAUAUUGAAAAUAUAUACACAACUCUUAUAAAAUAACAACCAAUAUCAUGCAUGCAUGACUGAAAUAUUAAAUACUUGAUAUAUCAUUAUCAUGUACGUGCGUGUGUGUCUGUGUGUGUGUGU